AUAAUAUCUCAUGCCUGUGAUCACAGUACUUGGAAAACACAGGCAGAGGAUCCGGAGUUCAGGGUCAUCCUUCGCUUUAAGACUAGCCUGGACUGUGAGACAUUGACUCAAAACAGCACCAAUAACAAAACGUUUUUACUACGAGCUGAACUAUGUAAUAUUUCAAAAUGAUGUUUACUGGGACUAUUUGUGGAGGAAAAUUGAACUAUAAACCAGGGAAGGGGUAAAUCAAAGUGUUGCUAAUUGAGAUGCUUGUGUAAGUGAGUGCCUGCACAGUUUGUAACUGUUUGUGCUGACCUGUGUUGACUAUGUUUAGAUAAUGGGAGACCCUUGGCAGGAGUGCAUGGAUUAUGCAGUAGUCCUCGCAAGACAAGCUGGAGAGAUGAUUCGUGAAGCUCUGAAAACUGAGAUGAACGUCAUGAUUAAAAGUUCUCCCGCCGACUUGGUGACCGUUACUGACCAAAAAGUUGAGAAAAUGCUCAUGUCGUCUAUAAAGGAAAAGUACCCAUAUCACGGUUUCAUUGGUGAAGAAUCUGUGGCAGCUGGGGAAAAGACAGUCUUGACAGAGCAGCCCACGUGGAUCAUUGACCCUAUUGAUGGAACGACUAACUUUGUGCAUCGGCUUUUAGAAGAACUCCCGCCACUGAAUGCUGCAUUCCUGAGACAGAUGUUUAGAAUUCUAAAUAAAAUAGCCAGAAAUUCCUCGAUAAACCACAUGCCAGCAUACAGUCUCUCUGCUGCAAUAGCGCCAUUUCUUUUAUGCCUUCCUAGAUAUGGAAAUAAAGUACUGGCUACUGAUAUUUCCAAAAAGAUUUCUCUCGUAACAUUCCUCAUAGAUAAUUCUCCGAAACUGUUCGGGCUAGAUAUUGUUGCACUAUGGUAUGAAACCUCGUUUUAUCAUGGACCCGGAGGAAAUACCUCAUGUGACCAGGUUACUACAUCUAAUAUCAUCACCCCAAAUGAACCAGAACAUGGAGCCAGCAGCUGCCCCAAGGGGAGGACAUACACCCCUGACCAUGAUGAACCAACAAUAAGUCAAGUGGCUCCUCCUCUCUCUGAGGGCACUAACGAAUCAGAGACUCAAGAAGAUAAUAUGAAUGCAACCCAGCAAACAACUUCUCAAACUCCUACUGCACCACCAAAAAACCAAGUAUUUCGUACUUGUCCACGGUUUAUAUGCUUGGACAAAAUGCUACCUUCUAUACUUGAUAUGAUAUCGGUCAUUGCGGAAAAAGGACCAGAAUCAGAAGAAGUAUUCCAAUCCAUUUCCGAUAGAUCACACUUGGUCCUGAGGGAUAAGAUCUAUACUGAGCAACACAUUAAUUGGGACCAAGAAUCAGUACUCACAGUAGCUUACCUUUUAAAGGAUUUUAUUAGAAACAUACAAGGAAGCUUACUUUAUUCAGAUUUGUAUGAAAAUUGGCUUAGUGUCCUUGAUGAAGAAUCCCUGCUUGGAAAAAUUUCAACUAUACGAAGUAUUCUACUGAAGAUGCCACAAGCAAAUUACAUUGUUCUUAAACAGCUCAUUCGUGUGCUAUUAAAAAUUAAAACUUCUGCCAAGAAUACUCUAGACAGCUUCAUCUUAUCUAUCCGUAUAGCCCCACAUGUGUUAUGGGAUCAGACUUGUGUGAACUCAUUAUUUGGAAGUGACAUUCCAAAAAAGAUCUCUGUUAUACAAAUCAUGAUUGAUAACUUUGCAGAUAUAUUUGGAGAAGAUGACCCUAUAAUUUGUGACAACAGUCAGAAGAGGUCAGAUGACAUAAAGACUACAGUAAAUACUGCUGCAGGGGACAACGAAACAACUGCAACAUAUGACUUUCCACAAAGGAAACUUCCUCAUGACUAAAGAAGGUUCCUGUCAUUCUAUUUCAAUAAAAGAAACAACUUCAAUUAUACAUUUACCCAUAUUAUUUAUUACAAAUAGAUUCACUCACUAUUUAUUUCAAGUUAUGUAUUACAUAUUCUUAUCUAUUAUAAUAAAUUGAAUUAAAUUGUUA